AUCAAUGACCGUCGGAUUAAUUUGACCGUUGGACACGCUCUUGGUCCUUUAAAAAUUGGAGCAGCCGCCCGUUAUCCCUGUAAUACAAUACUCUAUAGUCUAUAGUCUAUACUCCUCUCAGGCUCUCAAAAAACAACAAACAAAUAACAAAAUCAAAAACCCAAAAGCUGAAAAUUUCUCAAGAAUGAAAUCUGAUCGGAAACCUCCGCUUGCAAAAUCUCCAAUGAAACUUCGUGGUCGUCGUCCCCUUCGACCAACUAACACAAACAACCCUUUACUAACACCAGUGACGAAAACCCAAACGAAAGAAUCUGAAAAUCGGCCAGAAUAUCACACAGCAGCUUCAUGUGAAUUGAGAGCUUUAGCAAAGAUGGUUCAGGAUGAACUCAGCGCAAUCAAUGCGAAGAACAAUGAAUUUGGAAGCUAUGCAUCAUCAAUUGGUGGUAGUAAUCUGUUUGAAAGGGGUAGGUACUACCAAGUUUAUUCAGAGAGGAGGAACGAGAGGCUAAGGAAGAAACAGAAUGAGUCAGGGGAUGAUGAACCAAAAACUGCUUAUAAUUUAGGUGUUAAAGUUGAUUGUUCAACCAAGAAAAAGGAUUCAAGAAAGAAAUCUGAAAGCUUGAAGAAGUCUAUAAUGGCAGUGAAUUACUCUGCGGAUCGAAGCCAGCAUCCGAGGUACUCCUUGAGGAGUACCACCAAGAAACCUCCUCUUCCGGUGCCGAUGUAUGUCGAAGAGACGACGACGGCGAGGAAGGGUCCUAGUUUAAGGACUAGGCGAAAGUGAGGGAAAGGAUAUUUCUAGAUUUAGAGAGGUGGGGAAACAAAAAUGGGGGGUAUUCUUGAUCUGUUGUUAUUUUUAUGGGUGGUAAACAUGUCAUGUUAAGUUGAUGAUGAGAACUUUCAUGGAAAUUUUAUAUGUUUGUAGUCCACCAAUGGUGGACAAUCUUGAAAGGUGUUUUCAAGUCUUAAGCAAAAUUUUUAUAUCUUGCUGUAAAACUGAUGGUAUGCUUUGCCAUGAUGCAUGCAAUUCGAUGGUGCUGGAAAAUUGCUGGUAA